AUGGAUGACCUGAAGCAGUUCAGGCAGUGGGGCUCGAAGACUCCUGGCCACCCGGAGAACUUCGAGACUGACGGCAUCGAGGUCACCACCGGCCCGCUAGGAAUGGGCAUCUCCAACGCCGUUGGCCUGGCUGCAGCGGAGGCGCAUCUCGCGGCCGCCUACAACAAGCCGGACUUCACCCUCAUCGACCACUACACCUACACCAUUGCCGGUGAUGGCUGCAUGCAGGAAGGCAUCUCUCACGAGGCCUGCGCUUAUGCCGGCCAUCUGGGCCUCGGGAAGCUCAUUGCCUUCUAUGAUGACAACGGCAUCACCAUCGAUGGCCACACCGACCUCUCCUUCACGGAGGAUGUCGGCAAGCGCUUUGAGGCCUACGGCUGGCAGGUGCUGGUCGUUGACAAGGGCGAUGAGGACGUCGACGCCAUCCGCAAGGCCAUUGCUGAGGCCAAAGCCUGCACCGACAAGCCCACGCUCAUCAAGGUGAAGACCACCAUUGGCUUCGGCUCGCCCAACAAGGCCGACAGCCAUGAUGCGCAUGGUGCCCCCCUGGGCGCAGACGAGGCCGAGGCGACGCGCAAGCAGCUGUCUUGGAACUACGGCGAGUUCGAGGUCCCCGAGCAUGUCUACGCAGCCUUCAAGAAGCAGGCCGAUGCUGGCGCUGCCAAGCAGGCUGAGUGGGACAAGCUCUUCGCCGCCUACAAAGAGAAGGAGCCCGAGUUGGCCGCGCAGUUCGAGCGUGCGGUGCUCAACAGGAAGCUGCCAGAGAACUGGGAUGAGUGCCUUCCCAAGCUGACCGAGAAGGACAACGGCAAGGCCACACGCUUGCACUCUCAGGACUGCCUCAACGCCAUUGCGCCGGUGCUGCCGGAGUUCAUGGGUGGCUCCGCCGACCUUGCGCCUUCCAACAUGACCCUGAUGAAGUGCACGGGCGACUUCCUGAAGGACAGCUACUCAGAGAGGAACUUCCGCUUCGGCAUUCGCGAGUUCGGCAUGGGCGCCGUCUGCAACGCCUUGUCGUUGGACAAGACAGGCAUCAUCCCCUACUGCGCCACCUUCACCAUCUUCACGGACUACAUGCGCUCCGCCAUCCGUAUUGCCGCCCUGUCCCAGGCAGGCACCAUCUUCGUGACCACGCACGACUCCAUUGCCGUCGGUGAGGAUGGCCCCACGCACCAGCCCAUUGAGACCAUCCCUUCCCUGCGACUGAUCCCUGACCUGACCGUGAUGCGACCGGCCGAUGGCAACGAGACCGCUGGGGCCUACAAGUACGCGGUGGAGCGCUCCAAGAAUGAGUCCCGGCCGACCAUGAUGGCUUUCUCCCGCCAGGCGCUGCCGAACCUCCCCAACUCCUCCAUCGAGAACACCCUGAAGGGCGCGUACGCGGUGGUGGAGUGCUCGGACCCAGAGGUGAUCAUCGUUGGCACGGGCUCUGAGGUCCACGUCUGUGUCGAUGCCGCCAAGUCAAUGGAUCAGAAGGUCCGUGUCGUGUCCAUGCCUUCCGUGGAAGUCUUCCGUGCUCAGUCUGAUAGCUACAAGGAGUCCCUGCUUCCAAAGGGUGUCCCCACCCUGAGCGUGGAGGCCGCCUGCACCUCCGGCUGGGACGAGUUUUCCACCGCGCAGGUGGGUAUCAACGUCUUUGGCGCUUCCGCGCCGGGUGGCACCUGCCUGGAGAAGUUCGGCUUCACUGCGGAGAACGUCAAGGAGUGCGCAGAGAAGUGCCUCAAGGGCGAGACGGGCGUCCUUUCCGAUGGCACCCAGGGCAAGCACUGA